GAAUCUAGUCCUGAUCUUGAAGUGUAUGCCCAAAUCAAUACUAUUCAAUGCCAAAACGAAAAUUUCACUCCUUCAGGGUCAUCAAUGAACUAUUACACGUUUUAUGAGACUCCAGGCAACAAUUUGAAUAGUACUAUUGUGAUAAAUCUUGCCUUGGCUAGUUGGAUGGAAGAGAUCUUGAACACAAAUUUUGGCAGCCAGGUUACGUAUACGAAUCAAACCCUGCAGGAGUUCGCAAAUAUGAUCUACUACAAAUCAACAAAAGCUGGAUGCGCAUAUCAGAAAUGUAAUCAGCCAGCGCCUCCAAGGGCUGUUGUAGCUUGCAUAUUCAAUUCUGCAGCAGCAAGUGUGUUUGCUGGAGAGCGAGUUGUUUUGUUCGGUUCUGCUUCAAUCAGAAAGCUUUGCCAAUACAAUGUGUACGAAUUUUUUAAGCAACCUAUUAGAGAAAAGGUAGCGAAAGGUGACCUGUCCACGUCGUAUGGACCUUUACCAUCGUCUUUGCAGAUGUUCCAAGUGAUGAUCUACUACAAGUCAACAAAAGCUGGAUGCGCAUAUCAGGAAUGUAAUCAGCCAGCGCCACCAAGGGCCGUUGUAGCCUGCAUAUUCAAUUCUGCGCCGCAGCUGGGCAAACCGAUUUACCCAGGUACUCAAGGAGUAAAUGGAUGCAAUAAGGAUAGUGAUUGUAGCGCAGUAAUUUCCGGUACCACCUGUGGGCCAAAAGGUCUUUGUGGUUACAGUUUCAGUAAGUCUUUCUCAUCGAAAUAG